UCUUACCGCCCCCAUCACGCACAUCGAUAUGGUGAAACAAAAACACAGGGGAAAAUAAUAUAAUAUUUCUUCGGCUUUCGCAAAGCAAACCGUCGUUGCAAAGGUUUUAUUUAUUGGCAAUCUGUUCAUGAUCGGUUUACACCGACCGUCGUCCAUUCCAAGUGUCCGACUUUGUUCCGUUCCUCGCUCCCUUUGUUUCAGGGCCUCGGAUCACAAUGGUUGGCCGGCACAUUUUUUAAGAAACUAAGGGAUCCCCAUACCGAAUGUUUUGUGGGGGCAAUUGUUUUAUUGAUUGGUAUUCGUUCCUUCAAAAUGUUCACUGGUGUUUCGAUGUAUUGUAUUGGAAAUUAAGGUGAAAAUGUCAUCGACAGCUGGGAAGCAAAGUAACAACACUGGACAGGAUGAUGAGGGUGAAGAAGAGGACGACGAAGUCGGGGACCUGGUGUCUGCCAUCAAUUACAACACCAUUAAUUAUAACACCAUAUCAUCUAUGGCAGUGCUCAAAGAAAUACUUGGAGCUCAAGAUAGUCCUGAAGACGCUGAUUGGUUUCAACAUUAUUUCUUGCGUCACGUUAAUCGCUUACCGUCACGAAGUCAUCAGUUUGUUGGUAGACGUCUUUCAGAAUGUAAAGAAGAAGAUGAACAUAUUGAAAACAAUUUAAAAUCAAUAGUUAUUGAUGACCAACUGAGUAGUGCUAACAUAAGUGCUAAAUCAACACCACCAAUAUCACCACUAUCACAUCAUAGAGAUAAACAUUUUUUUGAUGUUAAUUUGGUAGAAAUGAAGUCUCAGGCAUCUUCAACGUCCACUUUAGAUUAUGAUUCAAUGGAUGAAGUAUGGAUUAAACGUUACGAUGCAGAAACAACAAAACGUCGAGCGGAACUUGGAUCACAACCUUUACCAACUACAGCAGAUGAUUCAGAUGGUCAGUGUGUAUCAAUUAACCGCCCGAGAUCUGGUACCUGGAGCAAGGGAGGUUCUGCUCCUAUACUCCUGCCUGCAGUGGUUGCUGCUCUGGCUAAAACUAAAAAAGGAUUAGUUGGUGUGGAAAGACGUCAAUCUGGAGAUGAUAUAUUAGCUAAAGGUACUCCAAAAAUACAACCAUCAAAAAGUAAAACUCAACAAUUGCAAUCACAACAAGUCCAACAAUCUCAAACUACCCAAAAGAAGAUGUCACCAAAACCUCGUUCUGGACAAUCUCCUUCGCAUGCUCGCAAAACAAAUACUCUUUUAGAUGCUUUUAGACCUAGAUCAAAAUCUGAUGCAGCAUCUAAAAAGAACAACACAAUCAUACUACAAAUGAAAAAUUCUAUUCAACAAACUCUUAAAUCACCUGGUUCAAGUGCUCGAAAUAGUAUUAGUGGAUCAAAUAUAUCUAGUGAUACUGUUGAAUUUAAUAAUUUGGUACCACCUCCAACUCGAAAUCGUUAUAAGCAAACUGCAAUAGCUGCAAGACCACGAGCUGGAUCAGAUAGUGCUAGUACCAAAGGAGCCGUUUCUAAAAUGAUGGAUUUAUUUAGACAUAGAUCUCAAAGUGCUGUUUCUGCAGAAGACAAACGUAAAGCUAGAGCAGCCAAUAUUCCACACACAAAUUUUGCACAAGGCGCUCUAUUACGUAGAAGUUCUCUAGACCCUGAAACCCGUCGACUGUCCCUGGGCACUAUAUCCAACUCAAGGAAAAAUUCUGAUGGCCUUUUAGAUCCUACACAUGCGGCAAUGUUGUUCAGAGAUUCCAGAGGACUUCCUGUUGCUGAUCCAUUCUUGGAAAAAGUAAAAAUAAAAGACCUGGUCGAAGACGAAAGUCAGAUUUUUGUGAAAUUUUUUCGCUUCCAUAAAACUUAUGAUCUCAUACCAACCAGUGCAAAAUUGGUUGUAUUCGAUACACAGUUGAUCGUUAAAAAAGCUUUUUUCGCCUUGGUCUACAAUGGUGUGCGAGCUGCUCCAUUAUGGGACAACAAGCGUCAACAAUUUGUGGGCAUGCUAACUAUUACAGAUUUUAUCAGGAUACUUCAGAAGUAUUAUUCUUCAUCAUCUUCAAGUAUGGAGGAAUUAGAAGAACAUAAGUUGGAUACCUGGAGAAACGAAUUACAUCAAGAUCGUCCUCAAGAAUUAAUAUCCAUUGGCCCAGAUAUGUCAUUAUAUUUUGCUAUUCAAACCCUUAUAAAUAAUAAAAUACACAGGCUUCCAGUAAUUGAUCCAGCAACUGGAAAUGUUCUGUAUAUUGUGACUCAUAAACGCAUACUACGUUUUCUUCUUCUUUACGUAAGGAUUAAUGAUUUACCAAAACCAGCAUAUUUAUCUCAGAGUCUAGAAGAACUAAAAAUUGGUACUUUUGAAAAUAUAGAGACAGUGUCCGAAGAAACAUCUAUUAUAUUAGCAUUAAAGAAAUUUGUUGAACGCAGAGUAUCUGCUUUACCUAUGGUUGAUCAAGAAGGUCGACUUGUUGAUAUUUUUGCUAAAUUUGACGUUAUUAAUUUAGCUGCAGAACGUACAUAUAAUAAUUUAGAUGUUACUCUAAAACAAGCCAAUGAGCAUCGGAGUGAUUGGUUUGAAGGUGUACAAAAAUGCCAUCUGACUGAUACAUUAUAUAGUGUUAUUGAAAAAAUUGUUCGUGCUGAGGUGCAUAGGCUUGUAGUUGUAGAUGCAGAGGACAAAGUUAUUGGAAUACUCUCAUUGUCCGAUAUCCUACACUAUUUAGUACUUCGACCUUCCGGAGCUGAUCGAUUAUUGAAAGCCAAAGAUCUAUAUGAAAAUAAUGUGGAAAAUUCUAAAGCUUUAAACUCAAUCAUGGAGCCAAUACUAUUACAAUCAUAAUGUGAGCAAAUAUAUUUUAUUUAAUCCUGUGACGUUAUAAGUUGUACAGGAACAGAAUUAAUAGUCUGCAGUCAUAACACCGGAUGAUCUGGUUUAAUUUUAUUUGUACAAGUAUUAUUUACCUAUGUAGUAUUAUACGACAGCGCUUUAGAGACAACAAAAUGUUCAUUCUCUAAGUAUUAGUUGAAAAAU